AGCCAAUGCCACCACUUUGUGUAGUGAGACGUCAUAGAUCACAGUCAGUGAGAUCGAAUUUGUACUGAAAUCGCCCUGAAUUUGGAGCUGACCCAAGAGGACUCUUCUCUGUUUUAUCAUGACCUCAUUCUGAAGGAGAGGAGCUUUCCUUUCGUACACUGAGCUCACAAUGAAGAGCAGUUCUAUACGGACAGAUGACACGAUGGAGGGGAGUUCUAGACCAGGACAGUCGGAACCGUGGGUUAUGUCGAUUCCUGACGAAGUUAACAAGCAUGUCCAUGAGAUAAGGCAAGCGUAUGAUCGUGAUCAGGGUGGUCACGAAAAGACUUGCAUGUACCUGAUUCCCCGACGGAUAUGGGAUGCUGGCAAAGACGAUUAUCGAGUGCAGAUCAUUCAUUUUGGAUUGUAUGGGAGGAACCAAGUUGAGAUGGAUAUUAUAGACAAAGUGAGGGUGCGUGUCGUCUCCAGCUUCAUGGAACAGUUUAAUUUGAAAUGGAAAGGACUUUGCGAGAAGGUGGUGGGCUCAGAAGAGAACGCACAAACGUUCCUAGACUUGUACAAUGAAACUUUUAGAGAUAGACACUUGAAUGCUUCGAGCGCCAUGUCUAGUCUUACUCUGGAUGCUGUAUUCCUUACGGUGUUCCUCUGUACCAAGAUCUGCUCCAAGCUGCGAGAACCCUCGGAAGGUCUCGAGCAGCUCCAAGAACUUCGACAGAUCUUCACCGAGGUGGGUGUUGCUUCCGAUCUUCACCAGAUCUUCUCUGACGUCUGGCUAGUUAAGAAUCAGAUUCCUCUUGAGCUCAUAGGGAAGGUUUUGAGUUUGGUGAAGGAUGCUCCAUCGCCAGAAGAUCUCAUCAAAGCCACUGUCGACGAGGCCCUCAGUAGGUUCAAACUUCCCUGUCCACCCUUUCGACGUGCUGAUGUGACACUAGAAAUCGAGAAGGCUGAUGUCCCUCCUCGAUUUCUCGAUUGCAAGCACUUACUGGAAUGUCUCUACAAUACCAUGUGCCCACCUGGCGAGUCGAACGUAAGUACUCAGCACACUGAACGAUUGUCAAGUGCUAACGAGUGUUGGACAACGUGCGGUCGUAUUUGUGGAUCGUGCACGAAACAUGCCACAACUUCGUCCGGGACAGGGGAACCGCAAUCGCAAACUGGAUCUUUUCAGAAGACAGAUAGAUGGAUAUCGUUUAGGAAGGCAUUGGAGCUGCAAAAAGCAGGCAUCCGCGUGAGGGGCAUCGAUGCUUGCGUCACGGGAUCAGCAUUCGAAAGGUCGACGUUUCAUUUCACUGCAGUUUUGUCGCUACCGAAGAUCCACGUGACGGUCGAUACGAGAAGGAUUCUGAGAAAUCUGUGCGCUUAUGAGCUCGCAAAGACGACAUCCCCUCACAGCCGCAAGCUCAUCGGCUACCUCUCGGUGUUAGACCAUCUGAUCGACACCGCGGACGAUGUGAGGUUCCUGAGAGAGCUUCACAGCUCUGUUCUCUCCGUCUCUCUGCCAGGAGACGAUGCCGACCAGCAAGUCGCUGAUCUGUUCAACAAUCUGCUGCGAGGCUAUUCCAGUACUGAUAUCCAGUACACGGACGACCUGCGGAAGCUCCACAACGACGUGAGUUUUCUCUUCGAGAACGAGCUCAGAAACAUCUCCAUACUAUAUUUCGGAAGAAUCCGGCGCGAGGCCGAGCGCUUCCUCCGCAGGCUUAUAGACAGGCCGUGGCUUAUGAUUUCGCUAUCAGCCGCCGCUUCCCUUCUGGCCAUGACCUGCGUUCAGACAACGUUCACCGUCCUCGGCUACUACUUGCGAUAGCAGGCCAUAGCAAUGGUGAACUCUCCGUCUCGAACCCAGUAACCUUUCAGAGCUGGCCUUCCGCAAAUGGACACGACAUGGUUGGUGUCGCAGUCAUGUGCUUCAUAGAUAGAUGUAAAUGUCGUUGUAAUAUGCACCAUUCAAAGAGCAAGGAGUGCUCCAAUAUCUGCUCGAUUGAGCUCGAUUGAGCGAUUGAUGAAACCAU